AUGAGCAGCGUCCAAGAGGCUCGCACGGCCGGACGGUUCGCAUACGUGACGCUUGUGACCAGCGACGGGUACGUGGAUGGAGCGCUAGUUCUCCUGCAUUCGCUGCGGCGCACACUCACGGGCCACAACAUUCUGUGCCUGGCCACACCAAGCACUCUCUCUCCACAGUCCCUGCUGCGCCUGCACGAGCACUUUGACGGCGUGAUCAAGACCGAUCUGCAGCUCUCGGACGACCACCGCGGGCUGUCGGUGCUCGGGAGGCCUGAUCUGCGCAGCACUCUAACCAAGAUCCAGCUGUGGGAUCCGGCGCUGUUUGGCGCAUGGGACGCCCUGUGCUACCUAGAUGCCGACACGCUUGUGCGCCAGUCGAUCGAUGAUGUGUUUGACCGGUUCUACAGUUGGCGGGAAUCGAUGGCUGACUGGAACGACGGCGGUCUGGUGGCCGCGUCGCCGGACACUGGAUGGCCUGACUGCUUCAACUCGGGUGUUCUGGUGGUCGCACCAGGCUACCAGUGCCACAGGCAGCUUAUUCAGCGCGCGGCGACUACAGGCGCCAGCUUUGACGGUAAGAUUCCAUGCUAUUUUGUUCGUGUUUGUACAUCUCCCAUGCUCUCCCGAGCCAUGUCUGCCGGCCUGCAGCCGUAA